AAUGUUGGUGUAUUAACAUUCAGUAGUCUGCAUGAACAUAUCAACCUAAGUAAAGGUGUAUUACUGCGAAGAGAGAGGGGUUCCCACCUGCAACGGAUAUAAAUAACUCUGCAUGGAACUAAUUAGGUAUUCCAUCAAAAAACUCCUCUUUUCUUCUUUCUUCUAUUCCACCAGUUAGUUAUUCGCAUCAGUUUUUCUAAUGAAGAUCAGAUCAGCAUGGCUGCAAUCUCUGGAGGACAAGCAUGUCCUGAUAACAGGUGGAUCAACUGGGAUUGGUCUUGCCAUUGCAAAAGAGGCUCUCUCUCAAGGAGCAUUCGUUACCCUUUUAGCCAGAAGCUCCACUAAAUUGGAGAAAGCAGAAGAAGAUCUUGUCAAAGAUGGUGCUGCCAAACAUAAAAUAUUGACCAAGGUUGCAGAUGUGGGUGUUUAUGAAACUUUGGCAAAGGCAAUAAAGGAGUCUUUUGAAUGGAGGGCAGUUGAUGUGCUGGUGUGCAAUGCAGCUGUGGCAAAAAUUGUAGUUUUGGAUGAGGGCAGGAUUGAAGAUCUGCAUGCCAUCAUUCAGACUAACUUGACAGGGGUUGUCAACACUGUGCAUGUUGGGAUUCCAAUGAUGAAGAAGAGGAGUCCCGAAACACCCAUGUCAAUUGUUCUCAUAAAUUCUCUGUCAGCACUGUACCCUUAUUAUGGUAACUCUGUGUAUACUGCAACCAAAUAUGGUCUAAAAGGACUUGGAGAAACUCUCAGGCUUGAAUUGAUGCCUUACAGCAUCAGAAUUUGUAUAGCCUGUCCAGGAUUUGUGGAGACUCCCAUGCUUGAUGACUGUGGCAUGGAAGAUGACAAAGAUACAUUUCAAAUUAUUAAGGACUCAAGUUUCUAUGAUCGAAGCCGAGCAGAGACACCAGAGUAUGUUGCAAAAUAUACAUUAGAAGGAACAAAGAAUGGAACAUUUCUUGUCACAAGCCAAUUCACUGGCUUUGCAUUAUCGACAUUAUCUCGUGGAUCCAUGCCUGCAGACUCAUUUGGAAGGGCUUUGGUUGAAUUGAUAUUAUUUAUUCCAAUAAGACUCUUUAGCUUCAUGGCUGCUUGUUAUAUCUAUUAUGUUAUAGAACAUAGAAGUAAGAAGAAACAUUAGAAUGUUUUUCUUACGAAAAAAACUCAGCCUAAAUUAUGUGCUUAUUAUAAAAUAAAGUAUUGCUACCUUUUAAAAUUAUGAA